AUGGGAUUCGACAUGACCAUGUUAGCCCCCGGUCCAGCCGGCACCUCUAUGAUUGGCGAGAGCAACAUUGACGCUGCAGCCCGCCGAGGCUACGCGCGGAAGCAGCGCGAGCGCGAAGCCCAGGCAAAACUCGAUUCCAAUGUCAAUCCGACAGAAAAAGAUAGUGAUACACAGUCCGAGAAGACAUUGGCGGCGCAGAGUAAUAUGGAAGAUGAUAGGAAGAAUGAGGAUACGCUAAGUCUGGCUUCUACUCAGGUUGGGAGCACGAAACGGGAGGGCGGAAUUCGGGGAACUUGGGAUCGAGUGAAAGGGAAGUUUCGAUAG